UGUGGAUGAGAUGGAGAAUUUAGUAUCUCUAUCACUAGCAAGGAGUGCUGCAGAAGAGGAAGAAGAAGAAGAAGAAGAAGGAGAAGGUGAUGCAAAGGAAGAAGGAAAGAAGAAGGAAGACAUGGUUGUUGUUCAUGAGGAAAAAGAAGAUAGAGAUAGUGAGAAGGUUGAAGAAGAAGAAGGUGGUAGCAUUUUCAAUAGUCUCAUUGCUAACUUGCCUGUCUCUAUCUCAGAUGGUACUAGUGCUCCAGAGGCAGAUGAGGCUUCACUUUUGAUUAAUUCUGUUGUUCAUGGCUAGUUCAGUGUCUUGAUGUGUGUGUGUGUUUUGGAUUAUUGUUUUUAAUCUUGUGAGUUCUUGUGAUUUCAUUUGUUUCUAGUUGAGUGAUAUGAAGAGA